UUUAUUUGGAAAGCAAUGUUGCCUAGCAAAACGUUGUUACUAUCACCGCCUUCACACUGGAUUCGACAAGCUGAAAUGUUAAUUAUGAAGACUUCCGCAUAAACAGACUGCCCAUGAAGUAUGAGGGCUGAGAUCAAUAUCGAGCCCAGAUGUUGAUCUGUAAGGUAUUUUGAUGGCUGAGGUUGAAAACCGCCUAGAGGGACAGGUAACUGUUUACUCAGUUCCAGGCUGUCCGCAUUGUCAGCAUGCAAAGAACACUUUGAAGAAGUUGGGAUUACCUGUAUGUGAUGUGAAUGUGAAUCAGCACCCUGAUAUCCGAGGCCGAAUCAAGGAACUGACCGGCCGCAGUACCGUGCCACAGAUAUUUUUCAACGGCGUUCAUGUGGGGGGUAAUGACGACCUCCAAAACCUGGCUCCUGAUGAACUUGAACGCCUGAUUCAUAUGGUACAAUCACAGCCUCUGCCCUCAGAUGCACUGCCUCUGCCUAAAGAAGAUGACACAGACAUAACCGCGAAGGAGGAAGGAGAGUUUAAGUGUGAGAGGGAUGCUUUUGCGGACAUAGUUGAGGAGUUCAAGAGCAGCGGGCAGAUUGGCACCCACUGGAGGGGAUUGAAAGUAUACAGAAACAGCUUCACAGGAGAGCAGCUGCUGAAUUGGCUUGUCAAAGAGAAGGGUGUGGACACAGAGAAAGCUGGUGAGAUUGCUCAGGGCUUAAAGGACAGGAAGCAUUUUAACUGUAUAGUGGGUAAAGGGCUGGAGAGUAGCACCUUGCUCAGGCUGCUGGAACACGAGCCUUGCGCAGCACUCAACACGGGACAAAUGGCAGCAUGCAGCCCAAUUAAGGCCUCUGAACUAUCAGAGCUCCUGCGGAACCUAAUACUGAAACUCUACUCAGACCACCUUUCUGCUGAUGGCAAGACGGUGGAUUACAAAGCCAUGUCUCGGAGUCCGAGUUUUGAGCAUUACUGCGAGUUGGCUGUUCAGCUGCAAAGAGUGGAGCUGCUGUCUCUUAGCCGUGAGGAAAAACUGGCCUUCUUCAUUAACAUCUACAAUGCUCUGGUCAUCCACGGAAACCUGCGCAUUGGCUUCCCCAAGAACGUGUGGCAGAGGUACAGGUUUUUCAACUAUGUGAGCUACAUGAUUGGAGGGGAGGUGUUCACACUACAAGAUAUCGAGAACGGAGUGUUGCGAGGAAACAGAAAGGGCGUAGCACAACUGUUGAGGCCCUUCUCAAAGAGUGAUCCUCGAUUGCAGGUGGCACUACCUGACGCCGAACCUCUUAUCCAUUUUGCUUUGAACUGCGGUGCAAAGAGCUGCCCACCGAUCAAAACCUACACGCCGGAGGGGAUAGACGGCCAGCUGCGCACUGCUGCCGAGGCCUUUUUGGAGAAUGAUGAUGGCUGCAUGGUGGACACUGAGAAAGGAGAGGUGAAGCUAAGUCAGAUCUUCAAGUGGUACAAAGCUGACUUUGGUGGCACGGAUGAAACGCUACUGAACUGGGUUUUAAACCACAUGGGCGAGUCACCAAAGAAAUCAAGUCUUCAGAGGAUCCUGUCUGCAGGGAAUGUGAAAGUCGGCUACAUACCCUAUGACUGGACCAACAACGGCACAGAAUAAGGCCGCAUUUCAACACUUCUCUCUGCUGUUGCACUACUUCAGGGUUGCCAUCUGUCACGCUUCAUAGAUUCUGCGGUAGAGGAAGUUUCCCAUUGACCAAGUGUGGCAGGAAACUGUGAAAUCCUCUGCUUCUCUACUAAGAUCACAAGCAGCUUCUCAGUCCCGGAAUUAAAUAGAAACUUAAAAUGACAAGGUCUCCCGCUCCUCUUGAAGGAGAUGGCUAUGCAUUCACCGCUCACCCCGGCUCCCUCACAUCCCAAAGAGCGACUCGAUCUAGAACUUUCUCAUGCUCAACGUGUUUACCGUAUUUUUCGUUGCGCUUGUUUAUGAAAUUGUAAUGCAUUAUCAUUUCAGGCGAGUGUAAUUGUCAGAGUUUGCUGUGUGUCACUAACUUAAGUCAUUUAUUUAUUUAUUUAUUUAACUGAUUAUGUCCUAAUGAUUGCAGAGCUCGUACUGUUUUAUCAAUGGGAAAAUAAUUUGUUGAUCGUUUGUUCGUCGCUACGGAGACGCAAAUGAAAUUUCUCAAUGUUUUUCGUGAGAACGGUCUGCGAAGUUUCUCUGAUCAUGACUUUUAUCUUAUCUGUGUGUGAAACUACGUCAGGCACCCACCGCUCUUUUGCUCUGUCUUUGUUUUUUUGUUAACCCUUCUGUGAAAGCCAUAUUGUAAAAGACAGAAAGACUUUGUUGCACAAAACCGUCUGCAAUUAGAAGCCUGUCUUUCUCUUCUAGUCACAGAACACUGCUUUGAGAAAAAAAAAAAAAGUCAUAGAUAUGUUCACUUGUUAAUUUUUUUUUUUUUUUUCAGAGUUUCAGACAUGAAUGAUUCUGUGUUAGUGCAACACUAAGAAUUUUUUUGGUUUGUAGUGCCACUUCAUCCACUCGAAAUUAGAAUAAGCUUUUUAUUCAAGGUCAUUUUGAUAUGAAAUAUGUAAGUUAAGGGUGUUUUGUUGUAGUGAUUCUAAGGCCUAGACUGUGUCACUACGCUUUGAUACUUGACGGUUUGUUGAUUGCAUGCAUCUACUUUGUCUGUAAUACAGAAAGUUCUUGAAGCCUCAUAUCCUGCCUUUGAGGUUGACAGUCAGACUGUACACCCUUAUGAUGAAUUUCUCAAGCUUAUUCUGUGGCCAGACAGAUACAGAUCGAUAGUAGGAUAUCAUGUUUGUCUUAAUCUCCAUUCUAAUCGUGCAUGUUUUUAAGAGUAGUUUCUGCAUGUAAUCUGGUCAAGCUUGAUUUUUGUUUUUCUAGCCAGUGCCUUCAAACCUAGCAUGGAAGUCUGAAUCUCAGUGACCCCACCCCCCCAACCUUGUUUAAUAUGGAAAACCCCAAACUCUUCUCAUUUUACUAACCCUUUUUAAUUAGGUAGGUAAUUUUUAAACUUAAUAAAACACUGAGUUCCUGGUUUAUCAUGGCCGACCGGUUAUCGUUGCUGCAAUAGGCAUGUGAACGUACAAUGAUUUGAAAUUUAAAAGGUCUGACACUUUCCUAUAAAACUCAAACUUACCUCGUGUAUUUGUACCUAUCAGGAAAAAAGUGACGCAAAUAUUAGUCAUUACUGUGCUCAUGCUCUUGCAUGGACUGAAUUUGUAUAUAUCUCCUAAGCAAUACAUGAUGGAUGGAAGAUGAAUAUGCAAUA